AAAAAAAAAAAGGACGGAGAGAGUAUGCUCUGGGGUGAGACUGUGGCUGCGUGCUAAUCCGCAUACUAAACAGUAUGUCAAAAUAGUUUGCUGUUUUUGGACAUACUGUUCAGUGCAGUGGUGAGCGGUUUGGAGCGGAACCUAAGUGAGUAGCCUACCUGCGGCGGCCAUGUUUAGGUGAGCUCAGUGAGCGCGAGACCAGUGCGCCGUUACCAUGGAGACGCAGGACACGCAGCCGCUGCGUCUGAACACUGAUGAGACAUUACUGCGACUUUUAUUACUAUUAUUAUCAUCAUCAUUAUUAUUAUUAUCAUUAUUAUUAUUAUUACUUUUAUGUAGGGUGCGUUUAAAACAUUUGAAACAGACAAUAACUUACAUAAAAAAAUACAAAAUAGCACCAAAUAUCUAAUAAUCUGCUGGUUUUAAUUUAACUGCAUCUAAUGUAAAUAUCUAAAUUAGGGGCUAAAUAAAGUAGCCUAUUGAGAAGACAGUUUCCUGUGUGAAGUUAUAGGGCUUAAAUUAAGAAGUAUGAGGUCACACCUCCGCUGACACUCUUUCAGACCAAAGGUAGGGCAAAGGAAAAGGAAAAAAACAACAAACUUUUUUAUUGUUGCUGGUGGAAACCUUGCUGAAGCGGUACACUCUUACCAGACAAGACUGAUCCUUCACUGAAUCUCUCAAUCAUUUUUACACAGUAACAAAUAUAGGCUAUACACCUCAUGUGUGCGAUUCACUGGAUCUUUUAACACUAAAUUCAAUAUAUAAAUAAUUAAGUCAGAUAGGCAAGUAGAUCUAAGGCAGAUAAUUUACCAAAAUAAAGUAGUUUGCAUGUUCACAAUGGUUUCAUAGCCUAGCUCUUAACCUGUAUAUGUUCAAAUUUUAAAUUGCUGCACUCCUAAACAGAUAGGCUAGUCACAAAAACCACAAAAAAACACACAAUGACUAUCUGUUUAUCCAUGCAUCAGAUGAGAAACACCCUGAGUUUGGAAGGUAUAGCUCAUAACGACUUAUAACAACUUAUAACGACUUAUAACGACUUAUAACGAUAACCAAACGACUGAAUAAAACGCUUCACUUUAAGAAAAAAAAAAAAAAAACUAGUGAACAAGUCAGAAUAUUUUAAAUGACUUUUGGAAAGAACCCAGAUGCAUCCAGGUUGUCUAUUCAUAAUGAAUUAUAUCUGGGCUAUGCUUUUAAUAAAUGAAAAGCAUUUAUUGCAAGCUUAUCUUAGACCUCUGUAAAUUUGAUGUCCCAUUCAAUAUCCUUCCACAAAGUUUGAUUUUUUCCCCACUUGAAGAUAUCUUGAGGAUAUUUCUCCUUUUGUAAUCUGAUUAAACACCCCAAGUAUGAUCAUGAAUUAGUUCAUUGUGACUUGUUGAAGUGAGAAUUUAUGUGAAACUGACAUCAGGCAGAACAUAUCUUGCUACUGAAACACAGACAAGGCAAAGCAUCAUGAGGCUCAUUUUUUCCCCCAGAGUGUACAUGAAGAAGAAGAAGAUGCCUUGUUUUGUGGGAUUUCACCUGGCUGUUUUUCUAUAGAAGUGAGCGGGUGUGAUAUACACUCAAUAUCCAGCCUGUCUCUUUAAGGCGAGGCAGCAGAGUGUUGUGAAGUUCAAGUUGGGGUCACUGUUAGUUCCUGCCCUUGCUUUUACCUUUAGAGUUUUAUUGUAGACUGACAUCACACACGGAGCUAAAACACACUGCAUCAUCAGCUCCAGUCGCCUUUUUUUUUUUUUUUUGACAUACACACACAGGCAAAAAAAUAAAGGAUAUUACUACAAUAAAAAAUAAAAAAAAAUAAAAAGCCAUGCUGUAGCGAGGGCACAUAUUUUAUAGGAGGAGGGAAAGAGGUGGAGAGUGAGCAAGCAAUCCUGACAACACAGAGAGAGAGAGAGAGAGAGAGAGAGAGAGGGGAGGGCGAACAACAUUCAUAGCAAUUAAUAAUCUUAAAAAAAAAAAAAAAAAAGGAGUUGGCAGUCGUGUGCGGAAAACUGGCAUGGUUUUUGGAGGCUGGCAGUUGAGAGUUGAGACGUCAGAAAUGCGUGCAUUAGAGCGCUGAGAUGAUCAUUACCGGAGACUCAGAGCGGAUGGCAGAAGAUCUCGGCUAUCCAGGUGGUGGACUGAAGACAAUGCUGGAUGCCAUGGAAGUCCCAAGUCAUGCUAGGCACCUCCUCUUGCAACUGAACACGCAACGCACCAAAGGCUUCUUGUGUGAUGUCAUCAUAGUGGUGCAAAAUGCUCUAUUUCGUGCUCAUAAGAACAUUCUGGCUGCCAGCAGCCUCUACCUUAAAUCCCUUGUUGUCCACGACAACCUCAUCAACCUGGACCACGAGAUGGUGAGUCCAGGUGUUUUUCGAGUCAUCCUUGACUAUAUAUACACAGGACGCUUAAGUGAAGGUGACCCCACCUCUCCCACAGAGCCCAACAUAGGUGCGGUGCUAGCAGCUGCUAGUUAUUUGCAGCUGCUGGACUUGGUAGCCCUGUGCAAAAAAAAGCUAAAAAGAAAUGGGAAAUACCACUUACGACCCACGUCUGGGUUUCUGCCUUACAAUAAAAUGAGCCCCAGUGGAGUGCUGGGGGGAAGGCUGCGAGUGUCCACUCCAGUAAUACAGCCCUGCUUCCCUGGUGGGGUGAUGAGCACACCACGAGGCCCAUCAUUGGAGGAUCUACCACCCCACUCCCUGGCCCCCCAUGUAGGAGAGCUUUAUGCUCCAGUCCCUACACAGGGCCAGCAGCCCUACCCUCAUACUCAAGCAACCCUGCCUCCACAGCCAGGUCUACGGUUGCCUUCUGCUGACAGGAACUGCUCACCCAUAUAUGGCCUAGACCUGUCCAAGAAGAGCCCCAGCUCCCAGCAGCAUUCUACCCAUCCUCAUCUGAGUCACCCUAAUGAGGAGCCAGAGGGGGAACUGAGUCACCGCACAAGCCCUCUGCUUAGCCCUACUGAUGGCUCAGGGAAAAUGGAGGCUGUGCACCACACUGGCUCUCUCACUCCACGGUCUUUUCCCCUCCUUAACCCACUGCCCCAGCUCCCUCGAUUUCAUGGUUCAAAUUCCCAGGGCCAGGAGGCUUACCCCUGCCCCCCAAGCCCUGAGCCCUCAGAAGAACCGGGAGACCGCAGCAGGGAUGGUUCCAACAUUUAUCGCUGGGUGAAGAAUGAGCCCAUGACCUACAGUGUGGAGGAUGAAGAUGAGGAUGAUGAUGAGGAUGACAGUGGGGGCAUGGGUGAGCAGGAUAAAGACACACACCACCAACAUAUGAAUCACCACAAAAACAGUGAGGAGAAGCUGAACCUGAGUGAGGGAGGCUAUGACAGGCCAGUAACCUGUGAUGGAGAGGAUGAGAAUGGGACUGGCAGUGAGGAAACAGGCAGCAGCGAAGGCAGGCCAUCUCCCCCUGGUCCCCGUGGGAGGUAUCAUAUGCCCUAUGAGCCAGAGAGUUUUGGAGAUAACCUAUAUGUGUGCAUUCCAUGUGGCAAAGGGUUCCCCAGCUCUGAGCAGCUCAAUGCCCAUGUGGAAACCCAUGCAGAAGAGGAUCUCAAUCAUGUGGGAGAGCUAGAAAACCCAAACAGCAAUGGCACUGACAAACCCGCCAGCACCAAUGGACCCACAAACCUGAACAGCACCGGCAGCCUCCACGGCACCUACCUAGACAGUAAAUCAGGACAGAACCUACAUCCAGUGGGCAUUGGGGAAAUGAUUAGGCCAUACCGCUGUGCCUCCUGUGACAAAACCUACAAAGAUCCGGCCACCCUAAGACAGCACGAGAAGACCCACUGGCUGACCCGCCCUUACCCCUGCAGCAUCUGUGGCAAGAAGUUCACCCAGCGUGGCACCAUGACCCGCCACAUGCGUAGCCACUUGGGUUUGAAGCCUUUUGCCUGUGAUGCCUGUGGCAUGCGCUUCACUAGGCAGUACAGGCUCACUGAGCAUAUGCGCAUUCACUCUGGUGAAAAGCCAUAUGAGUGUCAGGUGUGUGGUGGCAAAUUUGCCCAGCAGCGGAACCUCAUUAGUCACAUGAAGAUGCACAGCAGUGGAGGGAAUGGUGGGGGAUUCAUAUCUGAUGGCAAGCUGAAGAUGGACUUCUCUGAGGGCAUCUUUCCCCUAAGUAAGUAUGCAGCUGAACAUCUAGGCCUGAAACAGGAGAAGGCCUCUGAGCUUCUUGCACAGGCCUCUCAGCAGUUGCUGGCAGAUGCCAAGGCCAUGGAGAGCCUUUAUCCACUGUCCAAACUGACUGCAGAGCACCUAGGCCUCACCCAUGAUAAGAUGGAUGUCCUGCCACUGCCACCUGCCUCUCAACAGCUCCCUGCAGAGGCGCGCACCAUUGACCGCUACUCCCCCAGCUAGAGAGGAGACCACCAACUCUGUCUUCCAUCAGCAGAGCUCAGCUGCCCAGCUAUGACACAUAACUAAAUGCCUGUAUGCUGCCCACAGUAUUUUAACUCUCACCUCAAUUUCAAAGAACCUGCACCUCAGACACAGGAGGAAAGAGACCUUUCGCCAGAUAAAAAUGCAGACAGGAUGCAUUGACUGUUAAAAGUGCCUUUCUCUACACAUUUUGCAGUAUAGCCAUUUUUUUUUU